AUGGCUGGUGGUCACUCUCACAGAGCCACGCUAGGCAAGAGUCACAAGCCCUUCAAAUCUAAACAUGCCACCAAGGGCCAAUUGAAGAACCAGUACAAGGGAAAGGUGGAGAAGGCAUCCACCACCAACAAAGCUGGCAGAGUUCCAAGCAAGCUCGAAAGAAAAAACACAGCCAAGCAGUUGAAGUCCAAGAAGAUCGCCGAGUCUAGAUUGCUGCGUAAGGUCUUCGAGGGUGCGGGCGCUGCUGAGAAGAUAAUCACUGUUAUCUCCCUUACACAAGAUGUCCAGGCUUCCACGAUUCUCUCACAGUUGUUGACUUCUUUGAAUGAAAAUGAGGAUGAUCCAGUGAUCGAGUUCGAAUCUCCUGCUGUAGCUACUCUCAGACUUGAUCGUUUUAAGUGCGACACCAAGUUCAUCUUGCCCAACCAUACAGAUUUGAUCUCCAUCCUCGAUGCUGCAAAGGUAUCUGACUACGUCAUUUUCGGAUUUUCCGCCCAGGAGGAGGUCGCUCAAGAUUACGGAGAACAAAUUCUUCGUGCUGUCAUCGCUCAAGGUGUGGCUACCCCAAUCGGUGUCAUCUCAAACCUUGUAUCGGCAUACCCAAAGAAGAACUUACAGGCUGAUGUCAGACAAUCUUUGGACUCUUACUUUAACCAUUUCUUCCCAGCAGAUGACAAGCUUUACGCCUUGGAACAUAAAAAUGAAGCAGUUAACUGUCUUCGAAACAUUUCUCAAAAAUUGCCUAAGCCAGUCAACUGGAGAGACUCUAGAGGAUAUAUGGUUGCCAACGCCGCAUACUGGCAUUCAGUAGAUGGCGAUGAAAACGGAUUCAUUGUCGUGGAAGGAAUUGCUCGUGGUACCGGUUUCAACUCGGAUCGUCUAGUACACCUUAGUGGCCAUGGCGACUUCCAAUUGGAACGUAUUGAGCAGAUACCAAAACAUAAAAAUGACGAAGCUCAUUUCUAUACCCCAACAGCAGAACAGGACACUUUGGAGGAGUUAAACACAGACGAACCUACAAGUGACAUCUACGGUUCGAUGAAAUGGGAUAGCGGUGAGUACAGUUCCAUGGGUGUCCAGAUGGAGGGUAAAACAUAUUUCAACGAUAAUGUCGAGGCAGGACCACGCAAGUACAAGGCACCAGAAGGAACAUCGCAAUACCAAAGUAAGUGGCUUCUUGACGAUAUUCUUGAUGGUGUCUCUGACGUUGAGGAGGAUGAUGAAGACAUCGACAUGAUGGAGGAGAACGAUGACAUGGAUGACGGAAUGGGUGAGGCUGCCGCCACAAAUACCGAAUAUGAACCCACCGAAGCCGGUGACUUGCAAUCCGAAAUGUUCGUUGAAUUGUCCCCAGAGGACGAAGAAGAACAGCUCAGACAGUUCAGACAAUUAGAAAAAGAGGACCGUGAGUUUCCUGAUGAGCUCGAAUUGGCACCAACCGAGAUUGCCAGAGACCGUUUCCGCGAAUAUAGAGGAGUCAAGUCUCUUGGUACUUGUGACUGGGACUGGGAUGAGGAGAACAGCGAGAAGCCCAGCAUAUACGAUCGUUUGUUGAGAAUCAACAACUUCAAAGCUACCAGAAACAGACUUCUUAAGGAAGCUUCCAGACAUGCUCAGGUUGUCAUCGGUACUAGGGUCAAGCUUUACAUCAGAGCGCCUAAAUACAUUCUCGACACCGUCGAUGUUGUUCAUGCUCCAUUCGUGAUCUAUGCCUUAUUGGCACAUGAGCACAAACUUGCUGUGUCGAACUUCUCCUUCCAAACCUGGGAGAACUAUGAGGAGCCAGUCCCAUCAGGAGAAUCCAUCAUUGUCCAGUACGGUUUCCGUAGACAAGUCAUCACACCUUCCUUCAACCAAGCAACGAAUAGCUCCAACAACGUCCACAAACACGAGCGUUUUGCCCACGCGGGAGAUAUUUGUAUCGCCACUGCUAUUGCGCCUCCUAUGUUCUACAAUGCCCCAGCUAUCUACUUUUUGCAGAAGGGCGACGGUUCUUUGGAGAUUGUUGGACAGGGUACUUUCUUGAACUGUGACCACACCAGAGUCAUGGCGGAGCGUGCUGUUUUGACAGGACAUGCCGUCAAGAUCCACAAGCGCCUCAUCACUAUCAGAUACAUGUUCUUCAACGCCGAGGAUAUCAACUGGUUCAAGGCCGUUCCUUUGUUCACCAAGUCCGGAAGAACUGGUUUCAUCAAGGAGAGUCUUGGAACACAUGGUUACUUUAAAGCCACCUUCGAUGGUCGUCUCAGCGCCCAAGAUGUUAUUGGAAUGGCUCUCUACAAGCGGAUCUGGCCACAAGGCUCGCAGCUUUGGAACCGUUAA